CGGAAGUAAUGCGACGAACACCGCACAAAAUCAGCAGAACAGCAAAAGUAUCCAGUAUUUGUUGCAAGACCGUAAUCCUUUUCUUAGACUUUGCAGUCGCUGUAGCGGGGUGUUGUGCCCGUUUCUGUAGGUGUUGUGUUGAAGCUUGCUAAGACGACGAAGUUCAUGCCGGGUUUCGCGGCACCGCCAAAGGCCUGUCGUGUGGCGAAUAUCCACUGACUCUCAAACGUAUCGACGCUGGCCGUGCCGCCGCCACGUCGGAGGGGUCGUUCCGUCGUUGUAUUUACUCGUACACCGCAACUUCAACGGCUAUCAUUACCCUUUCUAUAAACUUCUUGAAGACGUGUGUAGCGAAGUCUGCGACCCUGAAUCGACCGGAGGGAAUACAUGAACCCCGGAUUUGCCAUAACGAAAUUCACUUGACGAUUUUCAACGAACUAUCAAGCUCAUUUACGAACUACACAAUCAAACCUUUUUACACCUCUACACUUAUUCAACAUGUCUCCUCCAAGGGUUUUUGAUGGUAAACUUGCGAUCAUCACAGGUGCCUCACGAAGCUUCGGCGCAGUUCUUGCUGAACACUUCGCCUCUCGCGGCGCCAACGUUGUGAUCAACUACGCAACUGAAGCCUCGGAUGAGCGUGCCCAAAAGCUUGCGAAAUCAUUUGAAGCCAAAUACAACGUCAAGGCCGUAGCCGUGCGCGCGGAUCUCAGCAACCCUGCUGCACCACAACAGCUUGUCGACGCCGCGAAGGGACACUUCGCAGACUCGAAGGGCCGUUUCCAAAUCGACAUUAUUGUCAACAACGCGGCAACCGUAAACGCGCAACCAAUUGAUGCAUUGGACGUUGAUGCGUGGGAUGCGACAUUCAAUUUAAACUGCAAGGCGCCCGUUCUGCUCAUCAAGGCCGCAUUUCCUUACCUUCCUUAUGACCGUAGUGGCCGCAUUGUGAAUAUCUCCUCCGCAACCACAACAUGGGGGCUCAUCUAUCAGACGUCGUACGCCGGAACAAAGGGCGCGAUGGAAGCCAUAACACGCGUCUGGGCGCGCGAGCUUGCUGAGCGUUGUACAGUGAAUGCCGUUGCGCCGGGGCCCAUGGAUACAGGCUUGUAUGCUGGACUGCCAGACGAACCCAAGGAAGCGUUGAAGCCACUGAACAACCUGACUCCGCUGGCGAAAGCAAGAGAGAAUGUUGACAGCAAAGAGACGAUGCAACUGGCCAAGGAGAUCGGUGGACGACCAGGGUACCUUGAGGAAGUUGCAGGGAUCGUUGGUGUUUGUUGUUUGCCGGAAAGCGGAUGGAUGACGGGCAACUUGGUGGGUGCUAGUGGUGGUGGUGCGUUCGUACGAUAGGACAUGAAAGAAUGGGAACAGGCGAUGAUGGCAUGGCGUGCUUGACCCAAAAUAGGGGUAGUGCUAACGUACGAUAGCAAGUACUGCUAGACCCGCAAUUGUCAAGCUAGUAGAGUACUUGCUUGCGACGUUGCAAAACUACUUAGCUAUACAUCAAAGUUUUGUAUCAGUAGGCAGUCUUUAUGUCGUUCUAUCGUGCAUUUGCAGAGCCAGCGAGAA